UCGCGGCGGCGGCGGUGGCAGCUGCGGUAGCGACGGGAGAAGAUGGUGGCGCUGGAGGUAGGAGCGCCUGGAGCGGAGCUUUAUUCCCAGGCUUGGCACCGGCGCUGUCAUUAGCGCCGCCUGCUCCCGCGGGCCCGCGGACCCGCAGACCCAGCUGUCAGGCAAGCCAGGUGAGGCAAAAUGAGAGCGCAGUGAGCCGGCCCAGCCUCUCUCCCAGCCGUCCCCGACGCCCACCAUGAACCACUUGGAGGGGGCCGCGGAGGUGGAGGUGACCGACGAGACGGCAGGCGGGGAGGUGAACGAGUCGGUGGAGGCCGACCUGGAGCGCCCCGAGGUGGAAGAGGAGCAGCAGCAGCAGCAGCAGCAGCACCACUAUGCGGGCCGGGCCCCGCGCGGGCGCGCUGUCGAGGGGCCCCGCGCCCAGCCCGGGCCGCAGGAAGACGAGGAGCGCGGGGAGUGCCUGGCGCGCUCGGCCAGCACGGAGAGCGGCUUCCACAACCACACGGACACAGCCGAGGGUGACGUGAUCGCCGCGGCCCGCGACGGCUACGACCCGGACCGCGCGCAGGACCCGGAGGACGAGAGCGCCUACGCCGUGCAGUACCGGCCCGAGGCCGAGGAGUACACGGAGCAGGCGGAGGCCGAGCACGCUGAGGCCACGCACCGCAGCGCGCUGCCCAACCACCUGCAUUUCCACUCACUGGAGCACGAGGAGGCCAUGAACGCGGCCUACUCGGGCUACGUCUACACGCACCGGCUCUUCCACCGCGGCGAGGACGAGCCCUACGCCGAGCCCUACGCCGACUACGGGGCCCUCCAGGAGCACGUGUACGAAGAGAUCGGGGACGCACCCGAGCUGGACGCGCGCGACGGUCUGCGGCUGUACGAGGAGGAGCGCGACGAGGCGGCUGCGUACCGCCAGGAGGCUCUAGGCGCGCGGCUGCACCACUACGACGAGCGCUCUGACGGUGAGUCCGACAGCCCCGAAAAGGAGGCCGAGUUCGCGCCCUAUCCGCGCAUGGACAGCUACGAGCAGGAAGAGGACAUCGACCAGAUCGUGGCCGAGGUCAAACAGAGCAUGAGCUCGCAGAGCCUUGACAAGGCGGCUGAGGACAUGCCGGAGGCCGAGCAGGACCUGGAGCGCUCCUCCACCCCAGGCGGGGGCCGGCCCGACAGCCCCGGGCUGCAAGCGCCAGCGGGGCAGCAGCGGGCAGCAGGCACCGUGGGCGGGGAGGCGGUGCAGCGGUACAACAAGGAGAAGAGGGAUGCCAUCUCGCUGGCCAUCAAGGACAUCAAGGAGGCCAUCGAGGAGGUGAAAACCAGGACCAUCCGUUCGCCUUACACCCCUGACGAGCCCAAAGAGCCCAUCUGGGUCAUGCGCCAAGACAUUAGCCCCACCCGAGAUUGUGAGGAUCAGAGGCCGGGGGAUGGAGACUCUCCCUCUCCAGGCAGUGCCUCGCCCCUGGGCGCGGAGUCUUCAAGUACGCCCCUUCAUCCCAGUGACCCCAUGGAAGCCUCCACGAACAAAGAGUCAAGAAAAAGCUUGGCUUCAUUCCCAACCUACGUUGAAGUUCCCGGACCUUGUGACCCUGAAGACUUGAUUGAUGGAAUCAUUUUUGCUGCCAAUUACCUUGGCUCCACCCAGCUGCUCUCAGACAAAACUCCCUCCAAAAAUGUGCGCAUGAUGCAGGCCCAGGAAGCAGUGAGCAGGAUCAAGAUGGCCCAGAAAUUAGCCAAAAGCAGGAAGAAGGCUCCUGAAGGCGAAUCUCAGCCAAUGACCGAAGUGGAUCUCUUCAUUUCUACGCAGAGAAUCAAAGUAUUGAAUGCUGACACACAGGAGACAAUGAUGGACCACCCUCUGAGGACCAUUUCCUACAUCGCAGACAUCGGGAACAUUGUCGUGCUGAUGGCCCGCAGGCGGAUGCCACGCUCCAACUCCCAAGAGAACGUGGAAGCCUCCCACCCAUCCCAGGAUGGAAAAAGGCAGUACAAGAUGAUCUGCCACGUUUUCGAGUCUGAGGACGCCCAGCUGAUCGCUCAGUCCAUAGGACAGGCGUUUAGCGUGGCUUACCAGGAAUUCCUCAGGGCCAACGGGAUUAACCCUGAAGAUCUCAGCCAGAAGGAGUAUAGUGACCUGCUCAACACCCAGGACAUGUACAACGACGACCUGAUCCACUUCUCCAAGUCGGAAAACUGCAAAGAUGUGUUCAUAGAGAAGCAGAAAGGGGAGAUCCUAGGUGUGGUGAUCGUCGAGUCCGGCUGGGGGUCCAUCCUGCCAACUGUGAUCAUAGCCAACAUGAUGCAUGGAGGGCCUGCCGAGAAAUCGGGGAAGCUGAAUAUCGGAGACCAGAUCAUGUCCAUCAAUGGCACCAGCCUGGUGGGCCUGCCUCUGUCCACCUGCCAGAGCAUUAUCAAGGGCUUGAAGAACCAGGCCCGGGUGAAGCUGAACAUUGUGAGGUGUCCUCCGGUGACCACUGUGUUGAUCAGGAGGCCAGACCUUCGCUACCAGCUGGGUUUCAGCGUCCAGAACGGAAUUAUCUGCAGCCUCAUGCGAGGCGGAAUAGCUGAGAGAGGAGGCGUCCGCGUGGGACAUCGGAUCAUUGAAAUCAACGGCCAGAGCGUGGUUGCCACCCCACACGAGAAGAUUGUCCACAUCCUCUCCAAUGCUGUGGGGGAGAUCCACAUGAAGACGAUGCCGGCUGCCAUGUACCGACUGCUGACAGCGCAGGAGCAGCCCGUUUACAUCUGAGCCGCGCCCCCGCCGGGCGCAUGCAUGGAGGACUCUCCUCACUCGUGGUUGUGUUUCUCGUUCUGCAUCUGUGUGCCCACUGAGACGUUCCCCUCUUGCGCCCACACUCAGUCUACACGGGAAGGAAAGAAUCUGUAAAGACCUCUGUGCUCUCUCUCUUCAGUUUGCUUUUUUUUUUUUUUGAAUACCAGGGAAGUUUUGUAUGCACUCCCUUGAGGAUGGGUAACAGCCAGUAUCCACCGGGUCUCUGCCCAGGACUGGACUGGACUGUCCUGAUGGGCCCCCGGGGGCCUAAGGAGGGCUGUCACUGCCCAAGGGGACAUCCUCCCUUCCCAAGAGGUGCAGGCCUCUUAGAAGGAGCUCCAAGGGACAGCACAGCAGCUGAUUCAGCAGUGCCUACUAUUCAGUCGCUGAUCCCUGCUCUCCUCGAGUCAGUUUGCCGGAAUCUGGUAGGAACAGGCGACCAGCCGGUGUCUUUAAGGAUAGGCCCUGCCCACCACUGACUUGGGGCACCAUUUGUUACUUCUGCCCAGAAUCUCUGAGCCAACUGUAGGCCUCUUCUAUAGCUAGUUUUAAUUUCAACAUAAUUGUAUUUUCUAACAGGAGCCUCCUCCCCCCAGGACAGAAGGGGAGCUGCCUUGGACCAGGGUAUCUUCUUGUUUGUGGGUGAUUCCUGGGACAGCCGUAGCUUCUCUAGGUUGUCCUGAGGUUACACACUGUUAGAUGAACGUGGGCAGCCGCUGUCUGCCUCCAUCCCUGUCACACACCUGUAUGUACACACAGUCUCGUUUGCAUAUCUGUCACCCUUCUCUCCCACCGCGCAGGACAGACACAGAGCCCCUGGAGAACCCACGUUACCUCUCUGUGGGGCCCCUCCCCCUGGCCGGUGAGACCUGCAGGGCCUGGUCAGCUCCGUCCUGAGAGAACUGCCCCUUCUGGGGCUGAGGCCUGGCCCUGACGGCGCACCCUUGGCUCAAAGUGCUCUAGUGGCCUCCCCUCAACCCCCUCCACACACACACACACUCACACGGGGAGUCUGGGAAGGUUAGACUGCUCACCUGGAAGACAAGGACGCAGGCGCGUUCAUGUUACAUUUUCUUCUGUGCUCAGGGCCGCUAGGCAGGAUGGGACAUUGGAAAGGCCAGAAGAGUACAUAAACCACAAAACUAAGGGGACAAUAAUGACCUCAAGCUAUGCCUAAGAAUCCCCAAAUACGUUCCAGAAACAUCAUCUUGCUGCCUCGUGUGCCCAGGAGUUUCACUGGUGUGGAGUGUUACAUGUUUUUUAUCAGGUGCCUCAUGUUUUGGGUUCCGUCUCAGUUCAGUGCAAAUAUUUUAGUAAUAUUACUCUGAGCCAGUUUUUACUUAUUCUUUGGUCCAAAGAGCAUUUUGUUUUCAUGUAGAUGGGGUAUGGCUUAGUUUGGUUUUUGUUUCGUUCAUGACCUCAGCAGAGACAGGGAAAGAGAAACUAAUAUAUUUUAUAAUAUUAAUAUAGUCCCUGUUCUCUGCACUUGGGAUAUUUAUGUUGUGUUUGUGGAAAGAGGAAUCUGGUGAGCACAUGUUGGGGAGUAUGUAU